AUGGGAAAAAAAAAAGACUUGUAAACGUGUCAAGACGAAUUGCAUAAACAUAAGAUACUCCUCAUUCUUCACUUGAUCGGUUCUCUUCCCAAAAUCCCACUCACUGAGAAUAAUGACAUCUCAGGCAGCGAGGAUCACAUUUCGACUCCUGGUGGCGUUUCUCGCCAUUAUGGUCCUCUUCUACGUCGGUCGUCCUCUCUACUGGAAAAUCUCCGCCACCAUUCAAGAGAUCCGCGAGAACAAACGAACUGUCCAACAAGGGAUAUCGCAGAUUGUUUACGAAGCGCAGAAAUCGGUCGGUUGGUUUCACGACGAGUCCGAUUCUGGAGUUCGUGAAGAUCGGAAAGCGAUUAAUCGCAGGCUACUCUUCUAAGGUUACUAUUAUUAUUUAGUUGAAGCUUUCUUUCUGUUAAUUACAAUUGUUUAUUAUUUUUCAUUACUAUUACUGGAUUAUCACGGGAUAAAUCUAUGGGUAGAUCUGGUUUUUGUGCUUGUUUGUAGUAAUAAUUAGAGGAUUUUAUUGUUCUGGUAGUGAAUUUCUGAGAUUAAGAAUUUUGUAUUCUGUUAUAUUAUUGAUUUUUGGUAAAAUUGAAUGAAUUAUAGUACAGUCGCUUAUACCA